CAUCUUCCACUUAUCGCCUGGUUCACGGCUAUGGCCAAACAUCUCCGUAACUCAUCUAACCCUGUCAUUUAACCUUGUCUUUCACAAAAUGCUAGAAAAGCAAGUUUUAUCGCUAUACCUACGGGGCAACCUCCAAUUGGGGAAAACCGUGUUUACACCAGCUGUGUUUUCACGAACAAUUGGUUCAGUUCAAACAAAUUGGAGCUCUAAGCAGUUGCAAUGGACUCAGAAUAUUGCAUUGAGCUCAAUGAAACCAUACUUCCAGGGCUCUAAAUGGUCUACACGUCGUUAUGCUACAGAAACUAAGAGCCCAGAGACACAAGUCAAAAGUCCACCAGAGUCGAAAGAGGCUGUGGGAAAGCAUGUUGAGAAUACACCAGCAAAACCGUCGAAGAAAUCCCUUUGGCAGCGUUUCAAGGGUGGUGUUAUCCAUUUCUGGGACGGCACAAAGCUUCUUGGUGCUGAAAUCACGAUUUCAUCAAAGCUUGUUUACAAAAUGGCAGUUGGUUACGAGUUGACUCGUCGAGAAAGCCGUCAAUUGACGAGAACAGUGAAGGACAUGGGUAGAUUGCUUCCCUUCUCCAUGUUCGUCAUCAUUCCAUUCGCAGAAUUAUUGCUUCCCGUAGCUAUUAAGUUCUUCCCGAACUUGCUUCCUAGUACUUACGAAGAUCCUAAGGAUAAACAGGCUAAGAAGGAGCGGCUUCGGAAGACUCGUUCAGAAGUGUCGAACUUUCUUCGUAAAACCAUGAAGGCUGGAAAGUUUAGCAUUUCUGAUGAAACUCGUGAGUCAAAGGAGUUCAAGGACUUCUUUCACAAGGUGCGUUACAGCAAGGAAAAGCCUACUCGUGAAGAACUCAUCAACGUCUGUAAGUUUUUCCACGACGACAUUACUCUUGAUAAUUUGUCGCGGGCGCAACUUGUCGCCAUGUGCCGCUAUAUGAACUUAGGAGCCUUUGGCACCGAGCCGAUGCUUCGUUACAACCUUCGCUCAAGAAUGCGUCAAAUUUGCAAGGACGAUCGUGCCAUUUACAUCGAGGGAAUCACUUCGCUUUCCGUUCCCGAACUGUUAAAUGCCUGUAACUCUCGAGGCAUCCGCACUCACGGACAGUCUACGGCUUCAUUGCGCGAAGAACUGAGUGUCUGGCUUGACAUGCGUCUUGUCCACGGAAUUCCUUCUGCCAUUUUGAUGCUUUCUAACGCCUUUUCGUAUGGAUUUGCUGAAGAUACUUUUGAGUCUCGCUGGGAUGCGUUGAUGGAUACGCUGGCCUCCCUUCCCGAUGAGUUAUACCACGAAACAGUUGUUGAUAUGCCCUCUCAAGAUGUUUCAAACAAGCAGCGUCUCGAGGUCUUGCGCGAACAAGAAGAGCUUAUUGAGGAAGAAGCUGAACAUGAGACUAGUAAUCCAGCCGACGCAAAGCGCCGUGCUGCCGACGACAAGGCGGAUACGAUUGUUCCCCCCAAGUCUGAAAAGUAAUUGACUGGAGUCCGUUUUGUUCGCAUCUUUUUCUUUCGUCAACCGUUUCUAUUCCAAACCUUCCUUUUCGCAUGUCGUCGUUGUUCAUGUCCUCUUCUUUUUGGCUGUUUUGACCCGUAUCAGGUAGAAUUGUGUUUACCUAAUUGUCUAUAUAUCAAAUGACUCUACUUUAGAACGAAUACUAUGUUUCGUGACUUUUUCGCACGCAAGUCACGAAUUCUGUUUACAUUCUUUUCCUCCAUGUAUUGCUUCCGUAAAGACCCUUGAGUGAUGCUUCGUCUAAGUGUAUGAAAACAGCUUCAAUGAAUAUUUCGCUGUUUGGAAUGUAUAUAUAUGAAACAAAAAAUAAUUAGAUGAUGCUUUUUACCCUUCCCGUUUUAAGAUUGAUUUUGCCGUUUUAAUAGCCUCUAGAGGAACGCCAGCGAGGGCGGCCACUCGAAGGCCAUGUGAAUUUCUAUUUACGCCUUUGCGCACUCGGUGAUCAAACACAAAUGUGUCGUCCUCGUUUACAAUCAAGUCUGUACAAUAACACUCGAUUUCUUUUUCGUCCUUUACCAAGGUAGCCAGUUCGUGCGAAUGAGUAGCGAACAACACUCUUGACUUAUUGAUGGUGCGCAAAUGUUCUAAACAUCCAUAACCAAUGGCGAUACCUUCCUUCGUCGUAGUACCCCGUCCAACUUCAUCCAUAAUUACGAAUGAUCGAGGUGUUGCAUUCUUUAAGAUAAAUGCAGACUCCAUCAUCUCUUCCAUAAAUGUUGACUUGUGCUGAGACAAGUUAUCGGCCGAACCAACUCGACUAAAUAUUUGAUCAAUCACACCAAUUUCAGCAAAGGACGCAGGAACAAAGCUUCCCAUUUGUGCUAGAAUAGCUAUAAGAGCGUUUUGUCUAAGGAACGUACUCUUUCCCGCCAUAUUUGGACCAGUUAUAAGCCAAAUUCUGGAGGGCUUACCCACAUAACAAUCAUUUGCUGUGAAUGAUACCAUUUUUUGUUGAAGAGCUUUCUCAACAAUUGGAUGUCGCCCUUGAAUAACUUUGUGUACACAAGAAUUAUUCACAAUUGGACGAACCCAUUUUCCUUCUAAGGCCAAAGAAGCCAGUGAAGUGGAAAUGUCCAAUUCAUUUAGUAGUUUAGCACUUUCGCGAAUAGACGACAUCUGUUUUAGUACAUCA